GCUGGCGCCACACCCCCGCUACAGGCAGGCGCCGGUGAAGGCCAAACAGCCCGGGUUCACCGAUCGCCAGAGCGCGCGUCGCCCAGAGUUCACCCAGCAGGACCCAGGCCUCUGUCUUCAAGCCCCAGGAGAGCUCCAGCCGCGCCAGAACCGGAGUCCGGAAGCAGCGUGCUGCCGCCCGCGAUGAGCGGCCCCCUGCGGCCGGGCCCGAGCGGCUGGCGCCGGGCGGCUACCUUGGUGCUGGCGGCGGGCUGGACGCGCCCGGUCCCCGCCGCCCCAUCGCGGCCCCUGCCGCCCCCCGAGGGCUUCCGGCUGCUGCUGCUGCAGCGCUCCGAGCGCCAAGGGUUCUUGCCCGGGGCGCAGGUCUUCCCGGGCGGGGUGCUGGACGCGGCAGACCGCUCGGCCGACUGGCUGCGCCUCUUCGCGCCACACCACCAGCCGCCCCGCUUCGGCCUGGGCCCCGCGCGGACGCGACGCGCCGCCUUCCCGGCGCUGCCCGACGCCUGGCCCAGAGCCGGGGACACCGCGUCGCUGCCGGAUGACGUUGCCUUCCGCAUCUGCGCCAUCCGCGAGGCCUUCGAGGAGGCGGGCGUGCUGCUGCUGCGGCCCCGGGGCCCCCUGCCCGCCGCGCGUGAGCCCGGCCGCGUUCUCGAGCCUCCGCCGGGCCUGGGCGACUGGCGCGCCCGCGUCCGCCGCGACCCGCAGCACUUCCUGCGCCUGUGCGCGCACCUCGACUGCACUCCCGACAUCUGGGCGCUGCACGACUGGAGCGCCUGGCUCACGCCCUUCUCGCGCAAAGGCGGCCGCCGCUUCGAGACGACCUUCUUCCUGUGCUGCCUGCGCGAGCCGCCGCCGGUCUUCCCGGACCUGGUGGAGGUGGUGGACUGCCAGUGGUCAUCGCCAUCAGAGGCAACCGAAAGUUUCACAUCAAAAGAAAUUUGGUUUGCACCCCCACAGUUCUACGAAAUAAGAAGACUGGAAAACUUCGCCUCUCUCUCUGACUUGCACAAGUUUUGCUUGGAUCAUGAAUUAGAAGAGGUGGAGAGAUGGAUGCCGAUCACAUUAGUAACUGCUGAUGGGAUGAUGCAUCUCUUACCAGGAGAUGAGAUGUACUUAGAAGAUUCAAACUUUUUAGAAAAUCUUAUGUCCACUGAAAAAAAGAAUGCCGAAAUCAUGAAGGAAGGGAAGAAGUUUCACCGAGUAGUGAUUUACAGUCGUCAUGAUUAUAACAUCCACGUGACUGUUCAGUCAAAGCAUAAACACGUUUAUCCUAAGAACUACGUAGUAAGUAAGAGCCGUUUGUAGAGAACUGCUUCUUUGUACGCUGGCCUACCUGAGGUUGUCCUCACGACAAAUGAGAAUUGACCAGACUUGCUUGGAACUUAAGGAACUCUGUGCCUAUCUAAGUUCUAGUACAGCCUCUCAUAUUUCUAGUGUAUUAUGGAGUUGUCUUAUUUUACUCUUUGAACCUUACAGGAUCACACAAGUAGAAAGUAUUAAUGAUCUUGUUGCCAGAAUGAGAAAAAAAUUUUCACAAGGGUUUCCACUUCUGUAUUGUUUUACUGUCAAAAGUUUAAGUAAGAUGUUCUACUGCCAUUGUCUUAAGAAAAAUUUUUUUUUUAUUGAAGUAUAGUCGAUUUACAAUGUUGUGUUAGUUUCAGGUGUAGAGAGAAGUGAUUCAGUUAAAUAUAUAUGUGUAUAUGUAUAUCAUCUUUUUCAGAUUCUUUUCCAUUAUAGGUUAUUACAAGAUACUGAAUAUGGUUCCCUGUGCUGUACAGUAGGUCCUUGUUGUUUGCCAUUGUCUUUUAACUAUGCAACUUUAACACUUUGCUUGAUGUGCUUAGGAGAUCGAGCCAUGAAUUCCUUAGACUUUCUGCUAGGAUAAAUUUAAGGAUGUCUGAUUAGAUUGUGAACUGAAGCCUGAGACAACCUCUAAGUGACAGUGUCAUUAUUUUCAUAUGACUUCAGCUUGAUGAUUAAGAUACAAUUCUGUGUAAAACUACAUGGCAUUAGAUAUUAGAUUUACCAAAUUGGAAAUUACUUUAGUGACUAUUUUAAAGAAAUAUGAAGCCAUGACAAAAGCCAUAAUUCUCUUAACUAAUAGAAUACAGAGAGGUUAGAGAGAUGUAGAACUAUUCAUUAUUUAAUAGUACGUAUUAAUGAUGUUUAUUUUCAGUAUUUUUAAUAUAGAAAAUUUUUUCACCUUCCUCUUAAGAAAAACAUGUUUAUUGGUUAAAGAUGGGAAAUAGUUAAGACUAAUUCUAUUUCAGAUCUUUGACUAUAUUAUGUAUUGUACAAUGAAUUCUAUUUUUCAUGAAAUGUUUUGGUUUUCCUACAUAUGAAAUAGAUGUAUUGAUAAAUAAAGUUUAUGUGGAUUAUUUAA